AGUGCAUCAAAACUCAAAAUCGCAGCCAAAAAAAGCAGACGACCCUUCAAAUACAGAACGAGAGAGAGGGAGAGAGCUUCGAAGACUGAUGGUUAAAAUGGCGGACUCAAAACCUUAACCCUAGACCUAGAAAACCCUUUCCGUUUCAUCCCCACCAUAUUACAGAUGGAACGCACGUCCGGUCCCGACCCUCCAUCAUCAAAGGCUGAAACUCUUCAAUCCCUAGCGUCUGGCUCACUCUCCUCCUCCAUAUCUUCCCUUUCGGCCUCUUCAAGACCCAUCCCCUCCGACAAGGACUUCCAUUUCUUCUACAACUUUGACGACUUCAAGCUCCCCAUCAAAGCAAUCGCCGAGAACUCCGAAUCGUUGCUGAAGAGCAUCUCCUUCGGCCGCGGUCCGCCUUCGAUCUUUCCCUCUGGGGCGGACCCUGACGAUGCCUAUGACUGGCUCGUCAACCUCAAUGAUGAGAUCUUCGAGCGUGUCGAUAUCUCCUUGGACGAGUUCCAACGUGCCCGGAAGAAAGAAGAGGGGCUAGGUAUGACUGCCGAUGGGUUCCAGUUGGUCUAUGGGAAGAAGAAGAAGAAGGUGGGCACCCGUAAUUUGGAGGGAAAUGAGAGGCGUGAUUCGACUGCAGCCUCAACGGUGAGGAUGGCUUCGAAGGAUGCUAAUCGGACGGGGGAGCGGCCACGGGUGCCAUUUCACAUACCGACUAUUCCUCGUCCGCAGGAUCAAUUUGGUAUUUUGGUGAAUAAUUCGAACCAACCAUUUGAUCACGUUUGGCUACAGAGGAGUGAGGAGGAUGGCAGGCUUGUGCAUCCACUGGAGAAGCUUUCGGAGGCAGACUUUGUUGAUAGAAGCAUUGGUGAUGUUGAGCCAGUAAAACCACUUCCUUUAGAUAGUACCCCAUUCAAUCUUGUCGAGGGAGUCAACGAAUUGAAGGGGUUGGCUGCUAAAUUGCGCCAUGCUAACGAAUUUGCGGUUGAUUUGGAGCAUAAUCAAUAUCGAUCCUUUCAAGGACUAACUUGCUUGAUGCAAAUAUCGACUCGAACUGAGGAUUUCGUGGUAGACACACUAAAGCUCCGUAUUCACAUUGGUCCACACUUACGGGAAGCUUUUAAAGAUCCUUCUAAAAGAAAGGUCAUGCAUGGGGCAGAUCGAGACAUAUUGUGGCUUCAACGGGAUUUUGGCAUAUACGUCUGCAAUCUGUUUGACACUGGACAGGCUUCAAGGGUAUUGCAGUUGGAGCGGAACAGUCUGGAGUAUCUUCUUCAUCACUUUUGUGGAGUUACUGCAAAUAAAGAAUACCAGAAUGCAGAUUGGCGGCUGCGACCUAUUCCGGAUGAGAUGAUCAAGUAUGCCCGGGAGGAUACACAUUAUCUACUACAUAUUUAUGAUCUAAUGAGAGGAAGGUUGCUUUCAGCAUCCACUGAAUCUGAAAGUGGCGGCGACCUUCUGUUAGAGGUAUACAAGCGCAGCUAUGACAUAUGCAUGCAACUUUAUGAGAAAGAGCUCUUGACAAGCACCUCAUAUCUCCAUAUAUAUGGUUUACAGGGAGCUGAUUUCAACUCACGACAGCUUGCUAUUGUUGCUGGGCUUAGUGAGUGGAGAGAUAUCAUUGCCCGUGAGGAGGAUGAGAGUACUGGCUAUAUAUUGCCAAACAAAGCAUUACUUGAGAUCGCCAGGCAGAUGCCCACCACCUCUGGCAAGUUGCACCGAAUGGUGAGGUCAAAGCACCCAUAUGUUGAGCGCAACCUUGGUCCUGUUGUUGGCAUAAUUAGGAGUGCAAUCACGAAUGCUGCUGCUUUUGAGAAUGCUUUGGAACAACUAAAGAAGGGGCGGGCAGAAACAGUACGAGAGCAAAUUAUGGAAGCAGCUGCUGCUGAUGCUGAAAAUCGGGUUUCUCACGAGGAUCACAUAAGUAUGGAGAUUGCAUCUGCUGCUCAAGCAGGAAGUCUUAAUAGCUUCGGUAAUGUAAUCAAUGUACAGAGAGCUGAAUGCAUGGAAGUUUCUGCAAAUGUGAAGGAGGAAUCUUCAGAACAGGCAAGCAUGAAUUUUUAUCGUGGUGAAUGUCAACCAUCCAUUUCAUCUUCUGAAACAGUUUGCUCAGUGGAGCUAUCCCAAGAAGCAAGGAUUGAGUCUUCACAUUUAGCGAAAGCGGCUGCUGUAGCAUCUGUCCAAAUUCUAAAGAAACCAAACCGUGCCUUUGGAGCAAUGUUAGGUCAUUCUGCCUCUAAGAGAAAGCUGGAUGGUGAUCCUAAAGGGAGUUUUCUUGAGAAGGAAAAGGCUGAGGUCAAGGUGGAGCAGAUAAAAUCAUCUGUAACCCUUCCAUUCCACUCGUUCUCGGGCAAGAGUAAACAACCGGUAUCAACUGCAGAUCGGAGCAUCAAACCCUGCGAUCUGCUACAUCGGGAAACUAAUGAAUGUGUCCAUGAGCCGGCAGAGGUCGCCGAAUUAGAAGAUAUCAUACCAUUGGAAACCGGUUCUAAUGAUCGAGAAUCAUCCCCAGAAAUUCCAGACGGGCCGGAAAAUGGCACCACCAGAGGUUCUCCAUCAGGUUCUGACACGGCAGAUGAGCCGACAUCACUCACUGAUUUAGCCUCCAGUUUCCAGAACUUCUUCCAGUCAGGAAAUCAGAAGAGGAACUCAAAGCAGGAGAGAACCCAAGAGGCAGACAGUUUUCUGUUGAAGCCAUUUGAUUAUGCUGCGGCAAGGAAGCAGAAGAGAUUCGGGGAUUCCCAGGAACAAAAGGUGGAUGUGGAAGGUGGCAAUGAUGUACUUAGAGCGCCAUUGGAUUCUAUGGAGAGCCAUAAGGGUCUGAUUUCUGGUCGGGCUCGCAGGGAAGAAACAAGUAGGGAGUUUCCGCAGCCGAGACGUCGGCAGGCAUUUCCUGCUUCAGGGAAUCGAAGUGCGACAUUUCGCUAGUCUAUAUACAUGCUUGAUUUUCCCCUCCCCCUUUUUGGGUGGAUGCUCUCUCACUGAAAAUGAUUAAUGAAUAAAUACAUGGUAUGAUCAGUAUCAUCUUUGAAGUAAUCUUUUUGGACCAAA